AUGGCAAAUGCAUUCUUCUCGUUCUCACCAUUUGAUUUCGAAAUCCAAGGCGGUUUGAGUCCACCCCAGCUUGAAGAUUAUGACAAAGACGACACAUUAAUGUUAAAUGUUCGCAAGGUAGACCAUUUAUUUGGUCUAGAAGAUCAGUUGGGAGAAAUGAAUGCUCCUUCUUCUGAACAUGGUUUCUGCCAAGACAACAAGGCCAAGAAAGGAGUACAUUCCAAUAAGGCCGGGAAGGAUCACCAACGCCACCAUUACCAACAACAGCAACAACAUUUCAAUUCAAGUUCUUCAAAUUUGGAGAACUUCAGCAGCUUUGAUUUUACCUUCUCCUCAGGACAAGGUACAGAAUCAGUUGAGGAUGGUGCUUGGUUUACACACAGCCAUAUAGGAGGCUCAGACAUUGUUGAAACUAACAAGAAAUUGCUGCCUCCUCAAUCUUCUCUAGCAACACUGGAGCUCCCAAACAGUUAUGGAAGCGCCUUCAAGAGGUUGAAGGGGGGAAGACAAAGAAGUAGCAAGGUAGUUCAAGGCAAAGAAAUUGAUCAAAACAGUAGCGAUGUUGUUAGUGGUCUUUGCGAAGAAGAAACGAACGAUGUAGAACUUGCUCGCUUACUGUUAGCUGCAGCAGAGAAAGUAGGGUACCAACAAUUUGAAAGAGCAAGCAGAUUGCUUCUGCAGUGUGAAUGGAUUGCAUCCUUCAAAGGCACACCUGUUCCAAGAGUUGUGUGCUACUUCGCUAAGGCACUUGGUGAGAGGAUCGAGAAAGAAACAGGACUUUAUGCAUCUAAGGGAAAUGAAGAAAUGUCUCAACAUGUCUGGAUCGCAAUGGACAGGGUUGAUGGAAGCACAGAACGAGAUGAAUGCCCGGUUCAGCUUGGAAGUUCCCCAAUUCUUCCUUAUGACACGUAA